AGGGUUCAAGUGUUCCGAGCUUCUGUUUCGAGGAGGAGGAGGAAGAGGAGGAGGAGGAGGAGGAGGCGAGGAAGAGGUGGAGGAAGGACGUGCCCUCACUCCUUCGCCCACCUGGGAAGAUCAUACACCGGGGGACACAGGAGUCCGAGUUUUGCAGCUGAACAAGGAAGGAAGGAGAGUCCACCAUGGUCACACACAUCGAUGGAGGCGGCAGAGGAGACCGAGGAGGCGGCGGAAGAAGAAGAAAUCAAAUACCCAAGAUCUCCCUUUCACUCCUCUGCCUAUUCCUCCUCGCUGCUUAUGUCCCUACCGGCGCCGAGGGUGUGGAAAACGACGUAAGGGCAUUUCUCGACAGCCUGGACCACUUUGAAACCAAGCCCGGGAGUUACAAGACACUGAAUGGUCAAUACGAGGAGAUGCCGAGACCCUCCUCCCCCGACGAUGACUUAAACCACUUCCUCUACCAGUCUUUGAUGAAUACGGACCUGGGCGGCGGGAAGGUCAGGACUGUGGGUGACUUGAUGGCUGAGACGAAUGACCUGCUGGAGAAAGGUCACCUGGUUCUGAGGAGGCGCUUCACGGAGGAGGCGCAUCGCUACAACAAAGCCGUGCGUAACGUCAGCAGUGUGGUCGUGACUGACGCGCCCGUGACCUCGCUGACCCUUGAAGAGCACCCGCCCACGCUUGACUGGAGCCUGCACGUGACGGCCCUGCACCUCCACACACACGCGGGCCAGACCUACCUCCUCCUGGGCAGCUUUAGGAGCCGAGAUCAGCGCGUGGUGGUCUGGUCCAGUCACUCCGGCACGCUAAGGACGCUCGCCAAGUUCCAAAUCACGGACAUUAGCAUCGAGAAGGUGGACAAGACCGCGUCGCACAUUUACGACGGCACCCUUUACAUCGUCCUCGGCUCUUCACAAUCACGACUUGUCAGGGUCGUGUGCAUUGGGGUCUCGACAGGCAAGGUCAUGCUGCCGGAGGUAUUGUCCCUGGGAGGUGUGGUCGGCGCACUCCACCUAUUCGUCGCCAGUGACCAGCUCUUCCUCGUCAUUGGGGAGAGCCAUAAAAUCGAAUCCGGGGACGGCCUGGGGCGAUCUGAGAUCUACAUGCUGGUCGGCGAGCUCUUCGAUAAGCAGGAGACCCUCGUGAUGUUCGGUUCCUCCGGCGUGCGUGACAUUACAAGCUUCUCCGCCUCCUGGGGCACCACUUACAUCGUCCUGGGCAUGUACAGCGCGGAAGGGUCGCAGGUGUACGCCUUGGACACUGAGAGCAAGAUGUACUUCCUGACGCUGCAGCAAGAACUCGAGACUGAGACGAAGGUGGUGCGGCUUGGACACUUCAGGGACCAGGCGGACCUCAGGCACUUCGUCGUGGUGCUGAGUGAGGGAGCCCCGUCCGCCGUGUACUGGUGGAACGGCUACCAGUUGGCCCAGUGGCAGACGUUACAGACGCCGGAGAUGCCGUCCCUCGGGGGUGGCGGCGUCUCUCUCGCCAUCCUGCCGCUCCCGAACUUCGAACACCUCAUCUUCGCUUCCGCCGGGCCCAAGAUCACGGCCUACACGUACCAUACCACGGGAAACCACGAUCCUUCCUUCAUCGUCACCACCGAGUGCUCCGCCGUCAAGGACCUGGCCGCUGCUGCCGUGGGUCCCGACUUUGUGCUUGUCUACGUGUGUGAGGGUCCGGUCAGCAGGGUGGAGGCGAGGAUUGUCCACUUGGAGGCUCUGAUGGAGGGCCGCGAGGACAUGAUGGGUCAGCAGGAGAGUCAGCUAUCUGCGUGUCUGGACGGUCUGCGGGGCAUCCUGGAGAGCCGGAAACCCUACGUGGCGGCGCUGAAACAGGUGGUGGACACGGACGCCCUCAUGACGGUGGACCAUGCGCAGGUGUGGAGCGGCCCCAUCACCGUGCCUGAGCUCUGGGUGGGUCAGACCUCGACACUCCAACACACCGUUGUCAUCCCGCCCGAGGGAGUGACGGGCGCCAACCAGAGUAGGGGAGAGUACGAGGCGCUGCUGGCGAGGCUACAGGCCGAGGUGCGGGAGGUCCAGGCAUCGCUAGGCUCCGUCCUGUACUACGCCGGGGAACAGACCAUCAGAAACCCAGUCCUCGGCGCCUCCCUCUUCGCUACCACGGCACAGUUCGACGUGGUCUCCGUGCACAAGCUUCACGGCGUCACCCUCACGAGCCUCGCAAAUGAAGUACUCCUUGACGGGCCGGACCAAGUCAUCUCUGGACACUGGCAGUUCGUGAGUCUCGCUGCGCAGAGGUUCACCACGCGCUCCCAGCACCCACCAGGCUCCAUCAACGGGGUGCAGACCGCGGACUACAUGCGUAAGAGUGUGGCUGGGCAGGUUGUAUCCGGACGUCACACAUACCACACCCUCACCGCCGGCCGCGUGUGCCACAUCACCGGGUGCGGCCUGACCAACCCGCUGACUGUGAACGGCCUCAGCACCGCCGCCAUCGUACGUCAGCGCCAGGACGUGACAUUUACCGCGAGGAAGACGUUCGCGAGGCUGAUCGUGCGGGAGGCUCUGGAGGUGGCGGCCAUCAACGGGAUCUCCUUGGGUCAGGUGUUGGGCCAGGCGGUGUUCACAGACGUGGCGGGGACGCUGGUCUUGUCUGGUCGUCACAGCAUCCGGAAGCUCACAGUGGGCGGCAACCUGAACGUGGGGACGGUGAACGGCGUGAACGUGGCGGACCUGGAGAAGGCGAUGGUCAGGAGGCGCGGGGACUACAGGCUGACAGGUUCUCUCGUAUACAAGAACCGCCUGAUGGUAACUGGGAACAACGAGGCUCGUGUGGUCAACGGCGUGCCCUGGGGUGAGCUGCUGCCCCUCAACGCCCCCGUCACGGUCUCCGGCGCUUACACCUUCGCCCGCGCUACCAUCAACGCCGCGCUUCGAUCAGACAGCAUCAACGGCCUGGAUUUAAGCAGAGAUGUAGUGCUGACCGACGCUGAGCAGACCAUUGAAGGUCGCAUCCGUUUCCUGGAGAGUGUGCAGGUGACGGGCUCGGCAGGCGUCCGUAUGGCUGAGGGUGCUACCAUCAACGGCAUAGAUCCUUCAGAGGUGGCCACGGGGGGCAACCUCGGGGGCGGCGGCGGUGGUGUGGUGACCGUGGUGGUGGAACACGAGAUGAAGUUGACUGUGAUGCAUGUGAAAGGUAACGUGGUCAUUCCCUCUGUCAACGGCGUGAACCUGGGCGACUUGGCAAAACUGUUCUGGCGUAAGUCCGUGGCGCAGGAGAUCAACGUGCCGGUCCACAUCAGGGAAGCGGUGUUCUUGGGCGGCGUGGAGGGCAGCACACUGAACGGCCACGCCCUGACGGAGUACCUUCAGCUGAACGCCAACCAACGGAUCACCGGACGCUACUCCUUCGAGGGCUCCGUCAAGGUAGCCGGCAACAUCGUGGUGGCCGAAGGGAGGACAGUGGCUGGAGUUGAUGUGUCCACGCUGCCCGCCCGCCUGAUCACCGUGGACGAGCCGCAGACGCUGGAGGUCGAGGUGAGGUUCUCCGGGCGCGUGACAGUCGUGGGUGAUGUUGACCUGCACGGGGACUUCUCUGGCCUGCACGUGCUGACCAGGGCGUUGCGGCUUGACCAGACCAUCCCGCACACAGGUCGUCUAACCUUUGCCGGUGGUGCCCUGAUGUCCUCCCUACAAGUGACCUCAUCUGACCUGACUGUGACCUCCAUCAACGGCCUGGACGUGGCGGCGGCGGCUUCUGACCUCGUGCUGGUGGACCAGGACGCGACCAUUACAGGCGGCGGGGGAGUACGCUUCUCCGGCGACGUCAACAUCCGUGAGCUCCAUGUGUCUGGGUUGGUGGACGGCGUGGACAUCGCCCGCAUGCUGUCUCGCGCCCUCCGCACCACGUCCCACACGCCCCAAGUGGUCUCCGCCGCCCUCACCGUGGAGAGAGAUGUUCACUUCGCCCACGGCCUCACCCUGGCACGCGUCAACGGCGAGGACUGGACCACUUACUUAGGCAACGUGGUUCAAGUCGGCUUCAAGGGGCGUAUUGAGGGUAGGAAGCUGUUUACCGGCGGCCUGCGUGUCUCCGGGAACCUCCAAGCUGGCAGCAUCAAUGGUGUGGACCUCGGCGCUUUGGCUUCACGGAUCCUAAGAAAGAGCUCCCACCAGGUGAUCUCCGGGCACUACACCUUCCUGGGCGAUGUGACGGCAGAUGUGUUGGACGCCCCUGUCAUCGAUGGCGUGGUAAUGGACAACUUAGCGCUGGUGGGCGGCGGUGCUCAGCUGGGCGGCACGGUCACCUUCGCCGAGGACGUCACCUUACUGGCUGGCCUCACCGCCGACUCCAACGUCCUGGACUCGUGUGACUUCAGCAGAAUCCAGACCGGUCCCGUGGUGGGCGGCGACGGGCAAUCUCUCGUAGACAUUCCUGGGAUGGAGAUUGACACCCUGGUGGUUGAGAGGCGAACCUUCCUCUCUUCCUUCGCCUCCAUCACCACCACCUCCAACAUCGACAUCUCGCGGCUCCUCCACUCCCUCGUCCUCAAGUCCACCGACCAAGUGAUUACAGGUUCUGUUCGGUUCCUGAAUGACGUGCGCGUGGGUGAGCUGAGCGCCGCGGUGGUAGAUGGCGUGGACGUGCAGGCGCUCUUCACCCAGGCUGUGCUGCGGGGCCAGGACGUGGUGAUUGAAUGCGAUCUUCACCUGACGGAGGGGCUGCAGGUGGGCCGUCUGGAGGUGGGCGGCGACGUGGAGGGCGCGGACGGGGCGGGAGUGCUGGUGAACGGCGUGGACCUGUCUGCCGUGGCGGGGCGCGCGGUGCUGAUGGACGGGCGAACGUAUGUGGUGCGUGGACGGAAGGUGUUCACGGCCGGGCUGGCCACGACGCGUCUCCGGGCAGUGAGCCUCGCCGGCGUGUCAGUGCAGGACCUGGUGGUAGUGGGCGGCGCCGUCAACAGGCCGCCUCCCCGCUUGGCGUUCCGCGGCCCCGUGGCGGUGCUCGGCGACCUGUGGGUGACCGGUCUCGUGGACGGCGUGGACCUGGCAAGACUGUUCUCCGAGAGGGUCACCAUGAACGGCCAUCAGACGCUCGUUGGCUCGUACCACUUCGAGGCGCUCAGAGUGGAAGGCGACAUCACAACCACCAGCAUAAACAACGUGAGCAUUAGUGACCUGGUUCUCCGCGCGGGUCAGGCCAGGCAGGUCAUCGUGGGCGCCAAGCUCCUCGCGGGCGGCCUGCUGGUGGGUGGCGGCCUGCGCGUGGCGACUCUCAACGGUGUGGACGUGACGAAGCUGAACCGAACGAUCGUGACGCUGAAUCAGGGAGCGGCGACCGUGCGGGUGGACGUGCGGUUCGAGGGUUCCGUGCGGUGUCUCGCGGGUACGGAGGUAACGGGCACUGUGAACGGUCACGACCUCUCCGUCUUGGCCCAGCGCGUGUCCCAGAUCCAGCACCGCCUCGCCCAAGAGCAAAGACGCAUUGCAGACAUCCUGGGGCAGUUCGGCUCUCUUAACGCUGACAACUAUAUCAAGGCCAGAGAGUUAUACGCGGAAAUGGCAUCUCUCGAGCGCAUCUUCCUGCCGAGAGAGACCGACGCAUACGGGAUGAUGUGGUGGGGCGCCGUGCCUGGUGUUACGACCGGCCACGUGCUCAGAAUCUCCAGCUGUCAUGUGCUGCUGUGUGGAUGUGACCGCGAGAACCAGUACUUCGUGGUUGGCAAUGACACGAGUCUAACACCUGUCCCCCACCUGAGCAGCGGGCAGGCCAUCACUACGCACCAAACUCAAGAUGGACAGCACCUCCUCUCCGUUCACUCACAGUGUGUUGGCGGGGACAGCAUGCAGGUCAAGGUGACAUUAGCCCACCGCUCCUCGGCUCCUCUCAUGCUCCAGGGCCUCCUCGUGGACUGUGCCAUGUUCCAGGCUGACGGGGAAGAGUACCUGGUGAUGGCGCUCUACAGGAACAGCGGCGACGAGGCUUACGGCAGCGAGGCGGAAACUGAAAUGGUGGUGGUGCGCGUGGCCGCCUCCUCCGCCAGCCUGCACGUGGUGACUCGCUGGCAGACUAAAGCACUCGUGGUGGACCUGGACGUGACGAGGGCUGGAGAUACGUGGUUCCUCCUCCUUGCUAACUCCUACGGCUACACCUCCGUCGACAAAUACGUGACCACCUCGGAGAUCCUUCGCUGGGACUCUUCUUCCAGACAGUUCCGCGCCGCCUCUGAGCACCUCGCCAGCCACGUCUCCAGCGGGUCCUUCGUUCAGGUUAUGGGCGAGACCUUCCUGGUACUGGCGCAGGGCAUGGCCGCGCCCCCCAAACAGACGCCCUUCGCCGCCUCCUGCUCCUCGAAAGUCCUGGUAUACCGCUACAACAAGGCCACACGUCACUUCGUAGAGUCCCAGUCGAUUGCAGCGUUCGGGGUCGUGUCCCAAACCACCGUUCGUGUCGACCGGUCCGUGUACCUGAUCCUCGCCUCCCCCUCCAAGCAUUGCCUCUACGUGUGUGUGUACAAACAUUCUGAGGGGUUCGUGAUUACAAGCCAGGUGUUCUUGGUCUCGCCUCUGUCCGUGGUGUCCGUGGCCGCCGGUGAGGACAUGUACGUUUUGGUGUCGACGGUCAGCGGUGUCGAGCGCUACAAGGUGUUCGUGAAGGGAGUUGACCCGGACUCUCUCUACCUGUAACUUGUGUGUACAGGUGACCCUCGUACCUGUAAAUCUUUCCUUGUAAUUAAGGAGUCCAACACCUUGUACAUCUAUGGCGAAAUAAAUAAGUUCUAAA